GCGUGUGCCCGGCCAGCAAGCCCCCGCCCUCCCAGAGGAACGGGGCGCCGGCGACACGGGCCGCUCCGGCGGCAGCAGGCUCUGGCGUCGGAUGCACGCGCUACGCCAUCCCGGUGCUGCCGAGGCCUGGACUCCGCUGGAGAGAGCAGAGCGGGGCGAGGAGGGGGCGGGCGAUCUCCGGACACCAGAGGCGGCUCCAUUAUGGCUCAGUGCAAACAUGUUUUUGAUAGCAGUAAUGGAGAAUUGGAAGACUGAUUAUUUCACAUAUUAAAACGGAUUGUUUACCAGUAGAGUAACUAAGGUGCAGACAACAAUUUUGGCUUAUGCGUCUACAUAAAAAUGAGUGAAGUACAGGCUAUGGUAGAAUUCUCCGUGGAGCUCCACAAAUUCUACAAUGUGGAUUUGUUUCAAAGAGGUUUUUACCAGAUUCGUGCAUCUAUGAAAAUUCCUCCAAGAGUUCCACACAAAUUAGAAGCCAGCUUGUUACCUGUGACAGGUGCUGAUCUUGCCUUUCCAGCUUCAGUCCAUGACAAUGUAAUUUGCAGUAAAACAUUUCAAAUUCUUUACAAAAAUGAGGAGGUUUCUGUGAAUGAUGUUAUGAUCUUCAAAAUUAAAAUGCUCUUAGAUGAACGGAAGAUUGAAGAAUCCCUUAAUGAAAUGAAUUUCCUGCUAUCCUUAGAUCUACACUUCACAGACACAGAUUAUUCGCCAGAUGAUCUGAGCACACUGCAACUAAUUAGUAGUCGAACUUUAAAGUUGCACUUUAGCUUACACCAGGGCCUUCAUCACUACGUCAAUGUUAUGUUUGAUUACUUCCACCUCUCUGUCAUAUCUGUUACAGUCCAUGCUUCUUUGGUUGCUCUACACCAGCCAUUGAUAAGCUUUCCUCGUCCCGUGAAGAAUACUUGGUUAAACAGGAACACACCAGCACAGCAGAGGGACACUGUGAUUCCUACUCUUGAAAGUGUGGUCUUCGGCAAUAACUAUACAAAACAAUUAUCAGCAGAUGGUUGCAGUUUUGUGAUUGCGGAGUCCUUCCUGAAUCAUGCCUACAAUCUCCACUAUACACUUUGUGCCAGUUUGCUGCUUGCAUUUAAAGGGUUACACAGCUAUUUCAUCAUGGUAGCAAAGGAGCUCCCCUCCUCUCACCGAAUAGAACUGGCCAAGGCCAGCAUGCAGGUCCUUUAUGAACGCCUUCUCAGAAGAAAAUAUCCACGAACCCAGAGAGACGCCUAUCUAGAGAACAUAGAUGUAGAAGCUCGCCUUACAGAACUGUGUGAAGAAGUAAAGAAAAUGGAAAAUCCUGAUGAACUGGCAGAACUUAUAAACAUGAAUCUUGCACAGCUUUGCUCUCUUCUGAUGGCUCUGUGGGGGCAAUUUCUAGAGAUCAUUACCUUGCAGGAGGAAGUCACAGCAUUACUAGCACAAGAACAUCACACACUGAGGGUACGAAGGUUUUCCGAAGCAUUCUUUUGUCUUGAGCAUCCAAGGCAAGCUGCUCUUGCAUAUCAAGAACUACAUGCUCAGAGUCAUCUACAGAUGUGUACAGCUAUCAAAAACACCUCCUUCUGCAGUUCUCUUCCACCUCUUCCUAUUGAAUGCAGUGAACUAGAUGGAGACCUGAACUCAUUACCCAUAAUCUUUGAAGAUCGGUAUUUAGAUUCCAUUACUGAAGAUUUGGAUGUACCCUGGUUGGCAGUUGAAAAUCUUCAGAAGUCAGAGUCCAAUAAGCUGGAUAAAUUUGAGACCGAAGAAGGUUUUGUAGCUGGUUUUUCUAGCCCAGAGUUGAAAAUCAGACCUGCAGGUGCCUCCAACGUUUGGCAUUCAGAAAGUGAAAAGCAGCUAACAAAGUCUUUAAAAGGGAAAAAUGAAGAUGUAAAUAAAUCCAAAGUUAAGGUUACUAAACUAAUGAAAACAAUGAAAACUGAAAACACAAAAAAAAUAGUAAAACAGAACUCUAAGGACUCCGUGGUCUUGGUAGGCUACAAAUGUUUGAAAAACACAGCACCAGAGGAUGUCUCUAAAUGCUAUGAAGGCAGGCCUUCAUCUCAUCAGAAAGGACUGGAUCCUGCAAUAGGUGGCUUUGCUUGUGACACAAGGACCUGCACGAGGCAAAUAAGUCAAAAAGAACUUAGAUGUGUGUCAUCUAGAACUGAACAAAAAUCUGCCCAAAUUGACCAUGUUCUGCAAAGCCAGUGUAGCCCUGUGAUCUCUCAUUGUGCAAAUUCUACCAUUUUUGGCAGACUUAAUAUCUCCCAGGCAGGUACUGGAGUUACACAGGUGGAUAGCAUCUUGACACCUACAAGCACAGUUGAAGGUUGUCCUGGAUGUCAGCCAACCUCAUCAGGAGUGAGGACAAUUGAGGUCAAACCAAGUAACAAAAAUCCUUACGAAGGGGAGAAAGUGAAUGUUCGUAUUGGGUCAUGGACAGAAUUUCUGCAAGAUGGAGAGAAUUUACAGGUGCCCAGCUUUCAGACUGCAGAAUCUGGAAGUAAAGCUAACUUGGGGGAACAGUUACUGGUGCUUGAAAAGGAUGAUGUGCAAGAAACAAGCUUCCAACAUACUGGAGAUGCAUUGACAAGAGUAAAAAGCAAUCAUUCUGCUCUUUCUACAAAAGAGACUAACGUUGCCAUAAGUGGAGACACGAUUAAGUUGCCAGAUGUUAGUGUCACUUACGCCUCAUCUAGGUUUUCAGAUUCAGGUGUAGAAAGUGAACCAAGCUCUUUUGCAACACACUCCAACCCUGAUGUGUUUUUUGAAACCAUUCAAGGGCAAAGUGCUUACAACAGUGAAAGACUAUUUCCUCAGCUUUUACUAAAACCAGAUUACAUAAAAAAUGCAAUAGAAAGCUAUUGUACUGAGAGUACUAGUGCACUGAGUGAAAUACAAUCAUCCCUGACAUCCAUAAACUCUCUACCAUCAGAUGAUGAUGAGCUUUCACCUGAUGAAAAUUCAAAGAUAUCGCUUGUACCUGAAUGUCAACUAAGUGACAGCAAAACUAUAUUAGAUCUGGGAACAAUUGAUUUGCCAAAAUGUGAUGACAGUAAAAAAUCAAAUAUAAUUUUACAGCAACAGUCUGUUGUAUUUUCAGGGUAUUCAGACAAUGAAACUGUCUCUCUACAUUCCUCGCUUUCAAACUUAAAAGAUUCUUUACAGUUAGUUGCUUCAGAUGAAAAUAUAUCUACUGAGAUGAAAAGUUACAGCUCAUGUGCAAACAUUGACACAGUUUUUAAGGACUCUCAAAACCUUGAUAGGCAACAGAACACUACAGAAGGAGAAACUGAAUUACAUUCAGAAGUUAUUUAUCUGGGAGAACCAUGUGUUGUUUCAGGUUCAGUAUCUAGUAAUGCUAAGUGUAAUGUAGAGAAAACAAAUGAGGGACAAUAUAACAAACCUUUAGAAUUAAGGCAAACAAUUGAGGAACUGCCAACAGUUGAAAGUGAGACUCACCCAGAUGCAAAUCAUCUCUCAUCAACCAGCAGUAUCGAUAUUGUAAAACAAGGUCUUGUAGAAAACUACUUUGGCUCUAGAAGCAGUACAGAUAUUUCUGAUAUUUGCCCGACUGACAACAGCAAUCCUGAUAGUCCUCAAAAGGAAACAUCUGAAAAACAAACUGUUGGCUCUUCACAACAGGAGGAGGAGGAGGAGGAGGAGGAGCAGGAUCAAGAAAUGGUUGAAAAUGGGUAUUAUGAGGAAACGGAUGAUAGUAAUAUUUUAGAUGGAGAUACAAAUGCUGACUUUGAUCUAAUGGAAGAAAAAGCUUUGAGAUCUGAAAGGAUUGACAGCGAACAUCUACGGGAUGGAAUGAAUAUGGCUCCUGUCUGCACUCCUGGUUGUUUGUCUUUUCCCUCUGUGCUGAGAGACUCUCCUUGCAGUGUUAUAUGUUCUUCAAAAAGCAAAUCUGAUGCAAUAACAAAACAGCCAGGCAGCACAUCCUGCAGCUCAGCUUCAUCUGUUUCCUGGUAUGAAAGCUCCCCCAAACCUCAAAUGCUAGCUUUUCUCCAGGCUAAAGAGGAAUUAAAGCAACUUAAACUCCCUGGAUUUAUGUAUAGUGAUGUUCUCAGACUGGCUUCAUCAGCACCUUAUUUCAGCACAGAAGAGGAUGAAGGUUCAGAAGAUGGAAUACAUCUCGUAGUCUGUGUUCAUGGCCUAGAUGGUAAUAGUGCCGAUCUGAGAUUAGUGAAGACUUACAUUGAGCUUGGACUACCCGGAGGACGAAUAGAUUUUCUUAUGUCUGAAAGGAACCAGAAUGAUACCUUUGCUGAUUUUGAUUCCAUGACUGAUCGCCUUUUAGAUGAAAUAAUACAAUAUAUUCAAAUUUACAACCUAACAAUUUCAAAAAUCAGUUUUAUUGGACAUUCGCUGGGCAAUUUAAUAAUCCGUUCAGUGCUCACAAGACCUCGGUUUAAAUAUUACCUCAACAAACUUCACACCUUCCUGUCUCUCUCUGGACCACAUCUUGGUACCCUCUACAACAGCAGUGCUCUUGUUAAUACAGGUCUCUGGUUUAUGCAGAAGUGGAAAAAGUCGGGUUCUUUAUUACAAUUGACAUGUCGAGAUCAUUCAGACCCGCGGCAAACCUUCUUGUACAAACUUAGUAAAAAAGCAGGUCUUCAUUACUUCAAAAACAUAGUGCUAGUCGGAUCCCUGCAGGAUCGUUAUGUUCCUUAUCACUCUGCUCGCAUAGAGAUGUGCAAAACAGCUUUGAAAGAUAAACAAUCUGGACCAAUUUAUGCAGAAAUGAUCCAGAACCUGCUUCUGCCAGUUCUUCAAAACAAGGAAUGUAAUUUGGUCCGUUACAAUGUCAUCAAUGCAUUACCCAAUACAGCCGAUUCUCUCAUAGGGAGAGCUGCACACAUUGCUGUUCUUGAUUCAGAAAUAUUUUUAGAAAAGUUCUUUCUGGUUGCUGCCCUAAAAUAUUUCCAGUAGAAGAAAAGCAUUGGCCAGGUCUGCUGUGCAGCUCUUUGAGGAGAACUAGUUCUAAUGUGGAAGGAAAGUCUGAACCUAUACAGAAAUCUCCUAAAAAAUCAAAAUUACCACUAGGUCGUCUUGAUGAACCAGAGGAGUCCAAUAGAGAGAG